AUAGCAGACUGAAAUCAUUGUGAGCCUAGGAGGAGUUGCGGCAAGGUCGGCUGUCAGCAUCACUCGGACAAGAAAAGCGCUGGAAAAAAAAGGCGAGACUGCGGACGCUGUGUGCAUCGGGUAGCGGUGGACUAAGAGGCCAGCACAUCCCGUGUCGUCUCGCGCCUUUUAUCUCUGCUGAUGAAAUUUAGAGGGGAAAGUUAACGCUUUUUUCUUCCCCUCAAAAAAUCAGCCAGCCAUCCAACCGGCUAGCUUGCUAGCUAGCUACCAUUCUCCAUUUCUGUCCGCAUGUCUGAGGUUGUGCUACCACUGGUAGUUUGAAGUGAGGCUGUGUUGCACCAGCAUCCAGACGCUCUGCCGGCGAAGUGAAGAGUGCGAGCUACCGAUACUUUUAUGUUGGACCGCUUUGAUACCGGCUUUGGAAUCGCUAUACAGAUCUGGUUACACGCCAGCGGUGACAGACAAGUGGGUUUCUAGCUAGCUAGUUAUUCUUUUUAAAAAACCUGUUCUUAAUUAUUCAUUUGUUAUCGCUGCUUGCUUGCUUGCUUGUUAGCUAGCUAGCCAUGUCGGUACCGUCGUCGUCCAGUUCUCCCGCCCCGGGAGAGAACCCCCCGUCAGAACAGGAAGGACUGUUGGAUGCCGGUUUGAAACCCUUGGGUCCAACACCCAGCCAGAGUAGAUUUCAAGUCGAUUUGGUGGCCGAGGCAGCUGGCGCAUCCGCCGGUGAAGCCAAACCGGCCGACACAGAUGCUUCCCCACAUGCGGCAGACGAAAAGGCUACUCCCGACCCGGGCAAGGCACCCGAGGGACCGGAGCCGCCGGCAGCUGGUGAGGAAGCGAAAGGGAGAUUUCGCGUGGUGAACUUUGUGGACCCCAGCGUGGCCGGGAGUCCCCCGGAUGCCGUGCCCGCAGAGGGUUUCCAGAACGGGGACACCGUGAUGAGCGAGGGCAGCCUUCAUUCUUCGACCGGAGGCCAGCAUCACUACCACUACGACACCCACACGAACACCUAUUACCUGAGGACGUUUGGCCACAACACCAUCGACGCGGUCCCGAACAUCGACUUCUAUCGGCAGACUGCGGCGCCGCUCGGGGAGAAGCUGAUCAGACCCACCCUGUCGGAGCUGCACGACGAGCUGGAUAAGGAGCCCUUCGAGGAUGGCUUCGCCAACGGGGACGAGCUCACGCCGGCCGAGGAGGCAGCGGCCAAGGAGCAGGCGGAGUCCAAGGGCGUGGUCAAAUUCGGCUGGGUCAAAGGUGUCCUGGUACGCUGCAUGCUGAACAUUUGGGGUGUGAUGCUCUUCAUCCGAAUGUCCUGGAUCGUGGGGCAAGCUGGCAUUGUUCUCUCCUGUGUGAUUAUCCUCAUGGCGACGGUUGUGACCACCAUCACCGGCCUCUCCACGUCGGCGAUCGCGACCAACGGUUUUGUACGAGGAGGCGGGGCUUACUACUUGAUAUCGCGGAGUCUGGGGCCGGAGUUUGGCGGGUCCAUCGGCCUCAUCUUCGCCUUCGCCAACGCCGUGGCGGUCGCCAUGUAUGUGGUGGGCUUCGCCGAGACCGUCGUGGAGCUCCUCGCUAGCAUGGACGCUCUCAUGACGGACCAAACCAACGACAUCCGCAUCAUCGGCACCAUCACCAUCAUCCUCCUCCUCGGCAUCUCGGUGGCCGGGAUGGAGUGGGAAGCCAAGGCUCAGAUCUUCCUGCUGGUCAUUCUGAUUACUGCCAUCUUCAACUACUUCAUCGGAACCUUCAUCGCCAUCAAAUCCAAAGAAUCCCAAGGCUUCUUUGGUUACCAUUCGGAAAUCAUGAUGGAGAACAUGGGGCCGGACUUUCGGAAAGGGGAGACCUUCUUCUCCGUGUUCGCCAUCUUCUUCCCCGCCGCCACGGGCAUUCUGGCGGGGGCCAACAUCUCCGGAGACCUGGCGGUGAGCCGCUGACCCUGGAUCAGUUUCCUGUGCACACGUGUAGCGGUCAGGGGUUAACCCUGCGCUCCUGUUCCUCUCUCCUCAGGGUCCUGCAUCGUUCGAGACGCCACCGGCUCCAACAGCACCAUCAGCGGCGCCAUCAACUGCUCGGACGCCGCCUGCAACCUGGGCUACGACUUCUCCUCCUGCAGGAGCAGCGACUGCGCAUACGGACUGCAGAACGACUUCCAGAUCAUGAGCGUGGUGUCCGGGUUCGGGCCCCUCAUCACCGCCGGGAUCUUCUCCGCCACCCUGUCCUCCGCCCUGGCCUCGCUCGUCAGCGCCCCCAAGGUGUUCCAGGCUUUAUGCAAAGACAACAUCUACCCCGGCCUGGGAAUGUUCGCCAAGGGCUACGGCAAGAACAACGAGCCCCUGCGCGGCUACAUCCUCACCUUCUGCAUCGGCCUCGCCUUCAUCCUGAUUGCCGAGCUGAACGUCAUCGCCCCCAUCAUCUCCAACUUCUUCCUGGCCUCCUACGCCUUGAUCAACUUCUCCGUGUUCCACGCCUCCCUCGCCAACUCGCCAGGGUGGCGCCCCAGCUUCAAGUACUACAACAUGUGGGUGUCCCUGGCGGGGGCGGUGCUGUGCUGCGUGGUCAUGUUCGUCAUCAACUGGUGGGCGGCCCUCCUGACCAACGUCAUCGUCCUGGCGCUCUACAUCUACGUCAGCUACAAGAAGCCGGAUGUGAACUGGGGCUCGUCCACACAAGCGCUGACGUACCACCAGGCCCUCACCCACAGCCUGCAGCUCAGCGCCGUGGAGGACCACAUCAAGAACUUCAGACCCCAGUGCCUGGUGCUGACCGGCUACCCCAACUCCCGCCCCGCCCUGCUCCACCUGGUCCACGCCUUCACCAAGAACGUGGGCCUGAUGAUCUGCGGACACAUUCGCUCGACGUCCCGCAGGCACAACUUUAAGGACCUGGCGAACGACCAGGUGCGCUACCAGCGCUGGCUCCUGCGCAGCGAGACCAAGGCCUUCUACACGCCCGUGUUCGCCGACGACCUCCGGCAGGGCUCGCAGUACCUGAUGCAGGCCUCUGGACUCGGCCGACUGAAGCCCAACACCCUGGUGCUCGGCUUCAAGAACGACUGGAGGGAAGGAGACAUGAGGGAUGUGGAGACCUACAUCAACCUGAUCCAUGACGUGUUUGAUUUCCAGUAUGGAGCGGUUGUUAUCAGAUUGAAGGAGGGCUUGGACAUUUCCCAUAUCCAAGGCCAAGGUAAACCUGGAUAACGUCUUGUGUCGAUCGACAUGAGCAAAGAUUCGGACGGAGACUCCUCCAAGCCCUCAUCCAGCCCCUGCUCGACCCCCCACCCCCCCGAACAUUAUCCAGACGACGACGACGACGUCAAGGCCCCCACGCAGCCACUGCUGAAAAAAGAUAAGAAGAGCCCGACGGUGCAGCUGAACGUGGCGGAUCAGAGGCUGCUGGAGGCCAGUCAGCAGUUCCAGAAGAAGCAGGGCAAGGGCACGGUGGACGUGUGGUGGCUGUUCGACGACGGCGGCUUGACGCUGCUCAUUCCCUACCUGCUGACCAAUAAGAAGAGGUGGAAGGACUGCAGGAUCCGCGUGUUCAUCGGCGGGAAGAUCAACCGCAUCGACCACGACCGCCGAGCGAUGGCUACGCUGCUCAGCAAAUUCAGGAUAGACUUCUCCGACAUCACCGUCCUCGGAGACAUCAACACCAAGCCAAAGAAAGAGAAUGUGACGGCCUUUGAGGAGAUGAUCGAGCCGUACCGGCUGAAGGAGGACGACAUGGAGCAGGAGGCGGCCGAGAGGCUGAAGGCCGAGGAGCCGUGGAGGAUCACCGACAACGAGCUGGAGCUCUACAGGGCCAAGUCGAACCGCCAGAUAAGACUGAACGAGCUGCUGAAGGAGCACUCGAGCACCGCCAACCUCAUCGUCAUGAGCAUGCCCCUGGCCAGGAAGGGCACAGUGUCCAGCGCCCUCUACAUGUCCUGGCUGGACACCCUGUCCCGGGACCUGCCCCCCAUCCUGCUGGUGCGGGGGAACCACCAGAGCGUCCUCACCUUCUACUCUUAAGCUCCGCCUACUCCCAACCCCCCCUGACCCCCCCACCCCCCCGGCCGCCAAGCCAACCUCCCGCCAUUAAAGAAGAGAAAGACAAAGAAGAAGAAACGAGGGUAAAACGUGGCCGAUAAUGAUAAUCUUAAUAAUGAUGAGACUCAAAGGAACGGGGCGGGGCCAGCCUUCGCCUCGUCCUCUCGCUCCUUCUGUCCCGCUGGAACGAAGGAGAGGGAAAGGAAAGGAAAGGAAGGCUGGAGACGAGGGGAUGGCGGGACGCUCUUCUCGAACCCGCGUCCCCGCGCUCAGCGCCUCAACGCUCCCGACCUUUUCGGUCUUCCGACGCGGAUCGAGAAACCGACCGAGGAACGAACAAAGAAAUGUUACAAUUUUUUUUUUUUUUUGCUUAUUAAAACCCGAGCAUGUGAUUCACAUUAUUAUUAUUAUUAUUACUAUUGCCAUUAUUAAGCUGGGGGUAAUUUUUGCUCUUUUGAAGCGGCAAUAAUCAGCAGUUGUAAUUUUCCUCUGUUGUGUGAACUCGCGCAGAAACACCUUCUAUAGCCUUAAGGAUGUGCCUUCCAUGACAAUUGAAUUAAAAUUCUCUGCCCUGAGCAAUCGUACCGCGACGGAUAUGAAUAUGAUUACACGUGUUUCUGGGUUUUUGAAUGUGGGGGAAAAUCUGGUCUUGAGGGGUUUUAUGCGAGUGGAAAUUGGCAAAAAAAAAUCCACUUAUUUGCAUAAAAUUGUUUUUCCCCCCCUUUUUUUCCUUUUAAUUUCUCAAAAUUUUCUAUUGAUUUUUUCCCCUAGAUUGAAGUCUUCCUUUAAACGGUAAAUAAAUGAAAUUUGUUCCUUUAAGGGUUCCCUCCACAAACCGCCAACUCUGUAAAACGCACAGACACGCAAUGAGCCCUUGGCUCGGUGCCAGGUAACGGUUGCUGUUGGUUGUUAACGAGUCUGGUAACCAGGUAACGGUUGCUGUUCGUUGUUAACGAGUCAGGUAACCAGGUAAUGGUUGUUGGUUGUUAACGAGUCAGGUAACCAGGUAACGGUUGCUGUUGGUUGUUAACGAGUCUGGUAACCAGGUAACGGUGGUUGGUUGUUAACGAGUCAGGUAACCAGGUAACGGUUGCUGUUGGUUGUUAACGAGUCAGGUAACCAGGUAACGGUUGCUGUUGGUUGUUAACGAGUCUGGUAACCAGGUAACGGUUGCUGUUGGUUGUUAACGAGUCUGGUAACCAGGUAACGGUUGCUGUUGGUUGUUAACGAGCUGGUAACCAGGUACGGUUGCUGUUGGUUGUUAACGAGUCUGGUAACCAGGUAACGGUCGCUGUUGGUUGUUAACGAGUCGGGUAACCGGGUAACGGUUGCUGUUGGUUGUUAACGAGUCUGGUAACCAGGUAACGGUUGCUGUUGGUUGUUAACGAGUCGGGCCUGGUUUUACACCCUCAGUCUCGCAGUGUUUCCGUGGAAGGCACAACAGAGCUGCUAACGAACAAGUGUUUUAACCAAAAAAUAAAAUCCGUUGUUUCUUUCUUUUUUCAAUUUUAAUUAUUAUUAUUAUUAUUAUUAUUAUUAUUAUUUUCUUUUCUUUUUUUUUAAAUAACCCUGGCUGGUGUAUCCCCAUAUUGGAACCAAUUAAAUCCUACAACUGAAUAGGACUUUUGCCUUAAUUAUUAGAGUAAUGAUUGUUGUAUUUUAUUACUUUGUACUGUUCCUCUUAAGCCAUACUGGCUGGUUGAUUAAUUGAUGGGGAAAAAUGAGAGUAGAUGAACUGUAGAUAGGAUGAUAGAUGCAGAUAGCGAAUGUAACGUCGAUCUGUAGUAAAUAUUUGUAAAAAACAUAAACGAGUAAAAAAAUGCAUAAAUAAUAGUCCUUCUUCCAGGCCCACGCUUUUCAAUUGCUUUUUACUCCCCCCUCCCCCCCCCAAAAACACUCCAGUCUCCUUCCGUCGUAUAGAAGGUUCCGUAGUGCUGCCUGCUCCUGGUGUCGGUUUGCAGAUAUUCUUUUCUCCUGCACUGUGUGUAGAUGCAGUUUAAUAUUGCUCAUUUGCAGGUACUAUCAUGCAGGGGUAGGGGCAGGGGCAGGGGCAGGGGUAGGGGUCGGGGGGGGGGGGGUGGGUAUCCGUUUUCCCUGAAGGGCAAAUGUCUCGUGUGUUGUAAGAGGCCUUGAGGCGGGCCCGUAACCUCUAUGCAGAAGUGUUUUUGUGGCGAGUGUCGAUGACGGGGGGGGGGGUUAUUUAGACGGCCCCCGUCACCCGGAGCUCAUGGGGCUGAUGGCUUUGACUCCAGAAUCUUUUUCCCCCCCCCCCAGACAUCUGUCUCUCAUUUCGUUUUUGUGUUUUUUGUUUUUCCGUGUGGCACGUGAGUUUAGCUGUGCCUAGCGCACACGGCGCAGGUCCUGAUAGCAGGUCCCCUUCAGGCGCAAGGCUGUCUGGCCCCGCCCACAGCGCUGCGGGUCGUACCAUUUCAGAGCCGUGCGUAGGGGUGGGAAGGUUCCAAAACAAAACGCCCGGAGGGGUGGGGCCAACCAAUCCGGCUUCUGUCUUAGCACUGCCAGUCUCUCUCUCACACACACACACACACACGCACACACACACGCACACGCAAUCCCAAAGUGAGGACUACUCUUCAAACUGCCUCCUACUACCUGCAAGCAGGGCAUAACUCGCUUCAAAAAAAAAGAAAGAAUGAAUAAAAAAUGUUUAGCCAUUUUUUUUUAAAUUCCCAUUAUUGCUCAAGCCUUACACAGCAAGUUUAUUUUUUAUUUUUUGUAGCGCUUUGAUAAAAGCCCCUGCUGCCCGUUCUCUCCGGCUCUCACCUCACACGCAUUAGGAUCUUCUAGCGAGAAUGUAAUGUUUGGCACUAGGGAAGGUCAGACUGAAUGUAAACACGAUAAACACUACAACCAAACGGAGCCGAUUUUAUUUCUUUUUUUUUUCUUUUUUUUGCCGCCGUGCUGAUUCCUCACCAUGUGUUGCAAGCUGCCUUGUUUUUUCUGGGGUGGGGAGAAAGUGGGGGGCCUUUGUCUCAUUUCCCCCCCCCCCCCCUUCAAACCCCCCAAAACCGCUGUAAAGACAUUGAGGGAAGCGAAAUUGGGAUUUCGGGCUACGUUCCCUGUGUGCACCCGCUCGACUGCACCCCACCGACCUUGCAUUGACUAUGUAAUGAAUAUGAAUACGCCAUGCAAUUAUGAACGUUUCCAAUUUAUAUACAUAUAUAUAUAUAUAAAUAUACAAGUUAUAUAUAUAUAGAGAGAAACACCAGUGUAAAGAUGACUAAAGUAUGUGCAAAGCAUGUAAUUACAUUUUUCUUUUUUUUUUUUUUCUAAGUGGGUGGGGGAAUUUCCACCCUCCAGGUGGCGCUGUUUCACAGCCUCUCCCGUCUGUCUCACCUGUGUACAGCACCUGAACUCUGACAGUUCCUGGUUGGCUGAGAGCACAGUCAGCUGCGUUCUCAUUUAAAAUAUAUAUAUAUAUACAUGUAUAUAUAUAUGUAUAUAUAUAUACACACACAACUGGGGAUGGGGCUUUAACCUUUUGAAGAUGUCACAAACUUGCUGUUGAUAUUCGUGUCACAACCAACCAAAUACUGUGUGUUUGUGUGUGUGUGCGUAUAUAUAUAUUCACCGAUAUAUAUAGAUACACGUUGAUGUAUAGAUUCACGUAGGUGGUGAGGUGUGAUGAACACUGUACUCCUGUAGCAUCCUCUCGUGGCUGCGGUCUCUCCCAGCCGAGUCUCCUGUCUUUAUGGUCAUUCCAUUUCCACAAUUCCUUGUUUUUCCAUCAGUUUUCCGGUCUGUCGCCAAAGUUCUUUUUUUAAAAUUUUUAUUUCUUCCCUCUGUGAGUUGUGAAACCAUGGUAACGAAUGCAGUCCAAGCGAUGUCCAUUCUCAUAAUGCUGACUCCUAGUUCACACUGUAAUUCACCAACUAACCUGUAAAUAAGUAGUCGUCUAACGAGAUUUAAAUUAAGGGAGUGGAAUAUUAAUGGCAAAUUAAUAACGGAGAAAGAAUAUUUAUUUUGUAGCGUUAGGUUUCUCUUAUCAUUUUUUUUUUGUUUUUGUUUUAUUUUGGUUUUAUUAAGUUAAAUUGCAUGUUGAUUUUAUGUUUUGAUCUCUUUCAAAAAAAAAUUUUGUCUUUAAUUUCCUUUUCUGUCUUUCUGUACAUUUCUAUCUUUUAUAUAUGCCUUUGAAAAAAGCUGUGUUGACAACCGGUUCAAAGUGUCCCCUCCCUCCUCUCUUCCCCACUCCCUCCUUCCGAGGCUGCCCCCCCCCUCCUCCCCACUCCCUCCUUCCGAGGCUGCCCCCCCCCCUUCCCCACUCCCUCCGAGGCUGGUCAGAUCUGCCUAGCUGGUUGAAACGGUAAUGUUUUGAUAUACUGUAACUGUUACCUGUCACAGAUAUGCUUUUUUCUAACAUUUUAACAUUUACGGUUACCAAUACUUUGUACAUCUUUAUUGCAAUAAAUAAAAAUCAAAUUAAAUUGA